AUCAGUCUUUUUCCAUUGAUAAAAGGGAAAUCAUGGAGACCCUUUUGGCGAUAGAGUCCUUUGGAGUAGAAUUUUAGCUGCCUUUCUCCAUCAGCUUCCACUGCUCUGAUCUUAUUAUUGACAUUACCAUAAUUGCCUUUUAUUUCUUUGCACUGAUAACUGUGUUUUCUUAGCUUUUUCAGCUGCAAAAGACACCCUAGAGCUAAGUCUUCUGCUACCUCUGCUACUCUACAGCCUACUGUCUACACUUCAUUAGUUCAUUUACUACCUUAGCCUUGCUAUAAACACUACCAUGAAAGAGCGUCUCAGCUUGUGAAUUUGGUUGUAAUGUCAAUCUUCACUUCCUCUUUCUGAUUUGGUUCCGUAGGAUCCUUAUACUUGUUAAGUGUCAGCAUUGAGUUCUCUGAGAGGAUAGCUGGGAUAGAUUGAUACACUUUUCAUAUUUGAAAAUUUGCCUCCAUCUUUACGUUCUUGGUAGCUUUCCAGCUCAUGCAAGUAAUUUAACUAAUAGGGUAAUCUUGUUUGUGGAGAUAUAUAAAAGAGCUGUUUUCUUGGAGCCAAAUUCUGUACAUUUCCUUUGGUUGGUUUGUUUCUUGAUUGCUGGUUCUUGGCUCUGGCAAAUUUCUUUUCCAGUGUGACUCCAACACUUUUUUGGGCUUAAAACCGCCAUGAAAAAGCUCAAAUAUAUGAGUUUCUCCAUUCUUGUUCUCUGCAUAUUUUAUCUGAGUGCACCAUGCAAUGGAGAAGAUGAAAGUUUGGGAGCUCCAAUGAAAAGAACAGAGCAAGAGGCGCUGUAUUCAGCUAUUCAAGGUUUUGUAGGCAAAUGGUGGAAUGGUUCAGAUCUUUAUCCAGAUCCUUGUGGUUGGACACCUAUACAGGGUGUUUCUUGUGAUCUUUUUGAUGGCUUUUGGUAUGUGACUGAUUUGAGUAUUGGACCAGUUCAUGAUAACUCCCUCAGUUGUGCUCAAAAUGUGGAAUUUAGCUCCCAUUUGUUUGCACUAAGGCACCUAAGAUCUCUUUCAUUCUUCAAUUGCUUUGUCUCACCAAACCAGCGUCCCGUAUCAGUUCCUAGUACGAAUUGGGAAGUUCUUGCGGAGAGUUUAGAGUCACUAGAGUUUCGAUCGAAUCCAGGCCUCACAGGAGAAAUUCCUGUAGCUUUUGGACUGCUCAGAAAUCUUCAGUCCUUGGUACUAAUGGAAAAUGGACUAACUGGUGAACUACCGGAAAGUAUUGGGACCUUGAUAAACUUGCGACGUUUGAACCUUGCUGCCAACGCAUUUAAGGGUAGAAUCCCAGAUAGUUUUGGAGGGCUUAAUCGUCUCUUGAUUCUUGAUAUGAGUAGAAAUUCACUCUCUGGCUUCUUGCCUAUGACUUUUGGAGGGUUGAAUUCACUGCUGAAGCUUGAUUUGAGCAACAACCAGCUAGCGGGAAAGAUCCCACUAGAGUUUGGAAAUCUAAAGAACUUAACACUUUUGGACCUCAGCAACAACAGAUUAUCAGGUGCAUUGACUCAAUCACUUCAAGAACUGAGCUCCUUACAAGAAUUAGUCCUUUCAAACAAUCCCACCGGUGGAGAAAUAAUGAGUCUUGAAUGGCAAAACAUGAGGGGCCUAACUGCAUUGGACCUGUCAAAUAUGAGCUUGACAGGUGGAAUCCCUGAGUCCAUUGCAGAGUUAAAAGGGCUGAGAUUCUUGGGCCUCAACGAUAACCAGCUCACAGGGAAUAUCCCCCAAAAGCUUGCAAGUCUGCCAAAUGUAAGUGCAAUUUACCUUCAUGGAAAUAAUCUGACAGGUGAGCUUAAAUUCUCAGAUUGGUUUUAUGGAAAAAUGGGGAGGCGAUUCGGGGCCUGGGGGAACCCAAAUCUCUGCUAUUCCAUUGGAUUGGUAAGAGCAGGUUAUGCACCCUUUGGGGUAAAACAAUGUGAAGAAAAAGUCAUGAAAUAUGAGACUCAUCUUAUUUCCAAGUCCAAGUUGGGCAAUGGGAAUUCGGACAAUCACGAUUCCACUUCUACAGCUUCUUUGGGAUUCAAAGGAUGUGGUCUUAAUAGGUUAGUUUGGUUUGUUGAGGUAUUGAUGGUUUUAGUUUUCAACUUUUCCCUAUGAGUGUUUGGUUAAGGUAGCUAGAAUAGGACUAUCUUAACGUCGACGAAUGCUGAAAUUUCACAUUGUACGUCUACAUCUACUUCUAACAGCUGAAUGAAACGUACUUUUAACAGUAAACUACUCAAAGGGCUAAUCUUAAAUUUUCUUGUCAUGUGAAGGGUUGUAUUUUAUGGUUA